AUGGCAAAGUCAGUUAAGGAACAUCAGUUUAGCACUUCUGAACCUUGUCUUCCAGCAACUUUAAUCCUGAACAGCAUCUCCUUUAAUACUGAUGGUUCCAUCCAGUAUAAAGAAAAGCCAUAUUUCUCUGCCUCCGAAGCCCUAGAUGCUUACAUUGAUGAUUUUCACUUAAGCUGUGAGCCUCCUGAUAUUAAUGAUACAAAGGUUAACCUGGAUCAGAGUCCUCUUGAAUUUCUUGCUAGGCCAAACAGUGAUGAGAGUCCCUACACUAAAUCCGCCAGCCAGACAAAGCCGCCUGAUGGAGCGUUGGCUGUGAGGAGACAGAGCAUUCCAGAGGAAUUCAAGGGCUCCACCAUCGUUGAACUGAUGAAGAAGGAAGGCACUACCCUCGGUCUGACAGUGUCAGGAGGAAUUGAUAAGGAUGGCAAGCCGAGAGUUUCUAAUCUGCGGCAAGGAGGAAUUGCUGCUAGAAGUGACCAGCUGGAUGUGGGCGACUACAUCAAAGCAGUGAAUGGGAUCAACCUGGCCAAAUUCCGCCAUGACGAGAUCAUCAGCUUACUGAAGAAUGUCGGGGAAAGAGUGGUUCUCGAAGUAGAGUAUGAGCUGCCACCAGUCUGUACGUAAUCACAGCCAAGGGGCAGAGCAGCCGCACCCUACAGCAGUUGACUUAUUUCUUUUCCUUUUGCUAUUAGCGUCUCAUUAUAGGAUGGCAGAGUUUCUUGAUAUUUAAAAAUUAUUUGAAUUGAGAAACUUAUAACCUACUCAGGAAGAAUGGAAAAGACCAUAGGUAAAAAUGAAAUUAUAUAGGUCCUGAGUUCCAUUAAGAUGAUCUGUGAACAUCGUAU